AUGCAGAAGAUGACGAAAUCGACCAAUCCAGAUCAACCGAGUGCUCAGGAGUCGGCUUCCAGCCCCUCCAACGCACCCAAAACAGCACUCAAGUUAAUAUCCAAGAUACCUGGAACAACUGCCGAAGACAUUGAGAACAAGGCGAUUUUCAGCGAUUACCUUGGGCUAUCGAUUGCCCCAUUCGAUCAACCAACCCACGAAGGCACCAAGGGAGUUUACCUGCGCAGAAGAGAUAAUGGAGCCAUACUACUGUUGACAUGCCGGCGCGUUGUGUUUAGUGACGAGCCUGGCGACGACACGCUCUGCAAACUCAAGAGCAACUUGCAGUCCAACAUUGAUUAUGAGAUUCACUUGAUGGCGAGGCUGGAGAAAGAGUCUAAUACCCCCGAGCAAUUGGUGAAUCUCGAUGCCAAACGGCAGCGUCUCAAGCCAAGGAUGGCGCUCUGGGAGCAGGAGCUGCGUAAGCUUCAAGAACUGGAUGAUCCUGUGUCGCGCAUCAUCGGACAUGUCGUUUUUUCACCUCCGUACGGCGUCGGGGCAACGAAAAUUGGCACCCGGCAUCUUCGGGACUGGGCAUUGAUCGAACUGCAGCAGGGCAAGCACGAGACUGAAUUGACAUCUCUAAGAAACAAGAUCUUUACCGGAGAAAAGGGUUUUCAUGCCUGUUUCCAUGCAAUGCCACGAUCUGGUAUCGGAGUUAAGAGGUCACUGGUUUCCUUCGACCGGCUAAACCACGCCGCCGAAGUCCAGGAUACAAUGCCAGAAGAGGAGCUGAGAGACCCCAGGUCCGCCACACCCCCGUGGAACUCAGCUAUCAUGGUAAUUAAGCACGGCGCAGCCACUGGCUUGACAAUCGGAUCAGUCGCCGAGGCAGCGUCCGUUGUCCGCCGAACCCACGGAAAUGUCACAUUGGAGUAUGAAGAGUGGUGCGUUCUAAGAGAAAAGGGGCGCAUGGGCGAAGGCAGACGGGAGAUGUUCUCAGCCGCUGGUGACUCUGGGUCUUGCGUAUUUGAUUCGUUCGGCCGCGUUGUCGGAAUCUCGAGCGGUGGGGGACGAGAGGUGCCCGAGAGUGAUGGGGGUUAUUUCGCCCCAAUGGAAUGGGUGCUAGAUGAUAUCAGGGCUCAUGGGAUAAGCCCUACAGCUAAUAAUGGACAUGAUCUUAGGUCCCUGAAAUGUGAAGCCAAAAAUAUGCUCGGCGAUCACUUGGAUCAGAUUCCUCCAGUCGUCCAACGCCCCCGAGGCGGUAAACACCCAGCACUUUCCUCUUCAGAGUAUGAAUUAGCGAGCUGGCUGGCGCUAUUGAUUAAGGCUAAAGAGGCGUUUAGCUGUCAGGGGGUCUCGGGCCCUCGGGUCAUCUUGAACCAGCCCUAUCAGUGA